AAGACAUUUCCUGCAGCCUACCUCUUACAUGAACCGUGCUGAAGAAGGUGUUCCAGGGGUUCUUUGGGCCAUGGGGGAAAAUCUGCUUCAAUUAGGGCUGCUUCUGGAGGCCUAAGAAGAAAAGUCAAACCAUGCUCGUCGUAAUGCUCCCAUUUAUGAAUAAAUGCCAGGUCACCUUAACAUCAUGGCUGUGUAUAUACUCUCAGAGGGGUCAGGGCCAGGCUCCCAGGUACCUCCACACCUGACCAGGAUUCUCAUCUCUCUCCUCAGCCCAGGAAUUAACUGCACCAACAAAACAGUCAAGGGUAAAGUGAUUCAUAAAGGACCACUGGUGAGGGUGGAGGCAGAUGACUUCAUCCUGAAAACUGUCAUUAAGGAAGAUGAUGCCAUGCAGAGUGUCUGCUCUCAGAAGACUUCCAUCAACAUUGUUAUUUUUGGAGCACUAGCUGAGAGCUUCAGUCACAGAGUCAGUCCAGGGGAUGUGGUUUUGCUCUCUGGCUUUACUGUGGGUAAAUCUCCCACAGCUAAUAAGGACAAUCUUCACCCCUGUAACCUGCAACUAUCAGGAGAUGAUGCAUGCAUCUAUGUUUCCAAGCAGAAGCCUCCUCAUCCCAGAUCCUCGUUGGUCAGCAAGAGGAGCUCGUUGAUUUCUGCUGAGGGUUCCAAGAUGGUCAAGUCUCCAAAGUACACAUAUGUACGACUGGAUGAACUGAAGAAUGAAUCUGUUGUGAACGUUUAUGGUGUGGUGGUGUUCUUCAAACAGCCGUUUAAGAGCCGUGGCACAGAUUACUGCUCCUGCCUGAAGAUCACUGAUCAGUCCGAGCACAAGAUUGGCUGCACCAUCUUCUGUGAGAGGCUGGAAGACCACCCCAAAAUCUUUCAGACUGGAGACAUUGUCCGCAUGCACAGAGUCAAGGUAAAGUUAUACAACAACUCCCUCACCCUAGUCAACACAUCAGGUUUCUCUGUGGUGACAUUUCACGGUACAGUGGGUGGAGCCGUUGAGCCUCGGACGUCCAGUAAAACCUUCCACUUCGAUGAGGAUGACCGUCGCACUGUGGAGGAGCUGAGAUCCUGGGCUGCCAGCCAGACUCUGCUCCCAUCAGUUUCUGCUGCAGUCCCUCUGUCCGCCGUUCAGCCCAGUGCCUACUUCGACCUAACCUGCCAACUGCUGGCCAAAGCAACAGUUGACACCACCUGCACUCUGCUGAGGGUAUGGGAUGGGACUAGAUGUCCUCACCCUCUGCUUAAAGUGAUCGUUGAUCCAAAUGUCACCGAAGGAGCGUCUUCUUUCUCCAAGCAGAAAGAGAGCCUCAUCGCAAAUGUUCUUGUCUACGAUAACCACGUGGAGUUCGCCAGACAGCUGAAGCCUGGUGCUUUUCUGAGAAUCUACAACUUGCGAGCGAUCCUAGGAUCCAGCAAAGUGCCGGGCCUCACCUGCAGCCAGCCUGUGGAGAUGGGUCACCUGGCUUUUCAUCUUCAUGGGGGAACGUCAUACGGGAGAGGCAUCCGGGUUCUACCAGAAAACAGCCCAGAUGUGCAAGAGCUCAAAAGAGUCAUGGAAGAAUUCUUACAGGAUCAAGAGGAUGAAUUCACUGAGCUGAACGACUCAGAGCUGGUCUGGUCUACUCCGCCAGAGUUUUUGGAUGGUGAGGCAGUGGACUGUCAAACCGUGAAAACCUGCAGACAUCAGCUCCAACCUGUAACACUGUCCCAGGUGAAGCAGAGUGAUGCGGGUCAAGUUCAUCAUGUUAGAGUCCAGCUGAGAUCUUAUGAGCCCCACAGACUGCACCAGGCUCUGAAACUUUUCUGCAGCAGGUGUACAUCAAUUCAGGACAUCCCAGAUGAUGAGUUGGUGGCAGCUAUCUUCUCUGAGGCAUCCAAGCGCUCUGAAGCCUACAGUCCUCCACCAUGGGUUCUCUCUGGACAUGUUGACCUUGCAGGAGACACCUCAGGAGCCCAACAGCUCUCUAGAAGUGUUCACAUAUCCACCAAGCUAAUGACAGAGGGCAAAACUGACCAACUCAUCUUUCUCAUGGGUUGCUCUCUAGAGGAGACAUGCCACCUUGCAGCCACCUACCAGAGCAUUGUUCCAGUGUCGUCAUCUGGGGGCCAGCUGGCACUGCUGGAUCUGUCUGCGCCUUUGCUGUUCAGAGGCAGGAAGAGAUACUACGGGUGUAAACGGUGCUCUGAGGCUGCACUAAGGGAGCCAAGCACUGAAGGAAUGCAGAUGAUCGAUGAGAAGAUCAUAGCAGAGGCUCUCGGUGUGCAGCUGCUGCAGUUGGUCUUACUAAUGAAGCUGGAGCUGCAGGAUGCCACAGACACCCUGGAUGUCUUCCUGUGGAAACAUGCUGAGCUUUUCUUCAGUGUGACAGCAGAGGACAUGUCAGCCAAUCAGGAGGCUCAGAACAGCAUUCAUCAAAUUAUGGAUAUCCUCUGUCCAGCAGAGGGCAGCAUGGGUAAGCGCCCAUGGCUCGACCUGUGUCUUAUGGCAUACUACACAGAGGAGGACGGGAGCACGAACCAGACCUGCUACCAGAUCUGCAACACUGUUAUCGUCAAACCUUCGUCUAAAUGAUCAGACCCUGCCCAAAGCAGCAUGUUUCAGAUUCAAACAGAAUCCUUCAGGAAAAUAGACGAAUGAUCUGUCGGUUUGUAUGAUGAGGUGUUUGAUAGCAAACCUGUUUAAAGCACUGAUGUGAUUUUAUUUUUGUUGUUAUUGUUUCCAUUUCCAAGGUUUUCUUCACCUCACCGUCUCUUUGUAAUGACUUUCCAAAUAAAGUGUAAAUCAGUAAGUUUAAGUAUUAAA